AUACAAUUGAUACGACCUGGAAAGUUGAGAAUAUUUUAAAUGAAUUGCUCGAUUCCAAAAGCUUGGACUAGCUGAAUAGUGACAUUUGAUUUGAGGAUUCAUUGGUUAAUCAAAUUGCAAUGCAAGGAUGAGCUUACCGACUGUAUACUUCUGAAUCACUGGUGCUACAUAAAAAUGGCUGUUUUAUCAGUUGCCUGAAUUGUUAAUAAUUGGUAUCUUGUUGAUCAUAAUCUAGCCCUUAUGCAGAACCAGUUGUUUCACUGAAAAUAUGGAUCUGCCUUUGUUUAUUUGUAACAAAUUAAUUUUGGUUUGGACUAGAUAAGGGAGAAAGAAAGAGAAAGAGAGAGAGUUGCUACCUUCGGCCGGGCCGCCGGCGACAUCCACGAAAUACACAAUUUGACAGUGGUUAUUUGGGUAGAAUACUCGCUUCACACGGAGCGGGAAGAUCAGAUCAGAGCCUUAACCUUCGGAGAUCAUUCUGGCCAAUCUACCAUCAGCCUUAGCGGAUCAUCAAUAGUCCAUAGCCUCCUGAAACCAUCAACUUUAGCAAUUUGAGGCUUUAAAGCUCUCCCUUUGUAGUAAUGGAUUCUCUUUCGAAGUCUUUCAAUCCAAACAAGCGUCUCAAAGAAGAAUUUGUUAGCAAUUUGAGUGGAUCUUCCAUGCUUGAAAUCGCCGCACUUUCUACUAUUGUCCCUCUUCUUUUUGUUUUGCGGCACUCCGUCAAUCGUUUCCGUUAUAAAGCUGGUUCUGGUUUCGCGAGGACAUUGACAAAAAAAGCUGAUGAUGCACUUGUUGGAUCUAAGAGUUUGGGAAAUUACAUGGCUGCUUUAACUGUGGAUUUUCUAUUCAUUGUUCUGCCCAUGCUUUUGUUUCUUACUGUUCUAGCAGAAUGGACAUUUAUGUCAAUAGUUUUUUUGAUGGUACUCGUUUUCUCUAUUGCAGCUAAAAGGGCUAUAGCAUCUUCUUCUUAUCCUGAAACAUCCCUUUCUCUCAGGACAAUCAUUUCCUCUUACAGGGUUGCUGUGAUGGUUGUGACUUGCCUUUGUAUAUUAGCUGUUGAUUUUAGAAUAUAUCCAAGAAGAUAUGCCAAGACUGAGACCUACGGUACUAGUUUGAUGGAUCUUGGGGUUGGCUCCUUUAUACUGGCGAACUCACUAGUUUCACGGCAAGCGCGAAAGGUCUCUUCUGUGAACUUGAAAUCUGCCAUCCGAUCCACUAGUCCUCUGCUAUUGCUGGGGUUUGGUCGACUUCUAUUUACUAACACUGUGGACUAUCAGCUUCAUACAGGCGAAUAUGGAGUGCAUUGGAACUUCUUUUUCACACUAGCUGCCGUGUCUAUCCUUACGUCUGUAAUUAAUGUUCCUCCACAAUAUUCAGGAAUCCUAGGUUUAGCAAUUCUGAUUGGUUACCAAUCUUGGUUGAUUAGUGGAUUAAAUGUGUAUCUGAUUUCUGACGAAAGAGGAACAGAUAUAGUAAGCAAAAACAAGGAGGGAAUAUUUAGCAUACUUGGAUAUUGGGCUAUGUAUCUUGUUGGUAUCCAGUUAGGCUACUACCUUUUUUUUGGAAACCACUCCUCUAGUAGAAUGAGAAGCAAUAAGUGGGCAAGAAUCAGAGUCUUCUUUCUUUCUCUCAUUUUCUGGUUUAUAACUGUAGUUCUAGAUAGACAUGUUGAAAGAGUUUCCCGUAGGAUGUGCAACAUGGCUUAUGUUACCCUGGUGUUGGCUCAAAACUUUCAGGUUCUGGCCAUACUAAUGCUCUCUGAUUUCAUUUCUGGAAGUAAAAUUUCAGCUCUUGAAGAAGCAAUCGACCGGAAUUUACUAGGCACAUUUCUUCUGGCAAAUGUGCUUACAGGGCUGGUAAACUUGUAUGUGGAUACCCUGUUUGCUACAUCACUAUCAGCCCUAUUAAUCCUGCUUGUUUAUGCUUAUGUUCUAUCUAUCAUAGUUGGAAUUGCAGACUUUUACAGUGUCAGGCUAAAAUUCUGGUAGCGGCCUUGCUUUUGUAUAAAAAGUACCCUUGGAUACAAUUUGUUUAGAUAAUCAGAAUUUCUUGUUGCAGGCUGUGGGUCAAAGUUCGAUGUUUUUCUCUUGUGGUUGGUAUUACGCAUUUCAAAUGUAGGCAUGAUUUAAUAUCUAUAUGCUUGGAGAUAAUUUCAUACAUACAACUUUGUUGCUUGCCUUCUUUUUUCUGCUGUAAGUUUUUCUAAAUGAAUAUAAUAUUACUGCUAGACAUCAUUGCCAUGAUAA